UGACGCCCAUGGCCGACCAUAACCUCGUCGGUGUAGGAUACAUACAUAUGUGAGUUUGUAGUUUGUUUGCGCGUUCGUAUGACGGUUAAACAGAUUGGAUCGAUUGGGUGUUUUUCAAGUAUUUUGAAUGCCAAAAGCUUGCGUUCGUCGAUUUUUGUGACUCGCGUGGACAACAGUUAAAUUUAUCGGGCUCUGUAAACGUUAUUAUCUUCAGUCUGUGAUGUUAAAGAAUCUAUUUUGUUCAAACUACCUUCUCUGUUAUAUCGUCAUAAGAAUAUAAAAUACACAUCCUAACUCGCAUAAACAUUCAACAUUUCGAUAAUAACGUUAGAAUAAACGCUGCAAAAAUCGUUUUUUUAACAUGCAUUAUCAGCAUUAUGAUGACCAAGAGGAAUUUGAGCCAAGAAUUACACCGAAACCUAUAACCAAACUCGAUUGCUUAGUGGGGCCGAUUGUACCAGAGGUAUCUUUGAUCGAUGAAAACCCCAUAGCGAGAAAUCCAAAUGAUGCGAGUGCCAAUUUACCGCCAGCAAGAUCGGCGAGACCAGCACAAAUCUCUGAUAAUACCAUGGAAGUCAAUGUGAUAUCGCCCGUUUCACACAGUCGUAAUUCUUAUGCUACAUGGAGAGAACAGAAUUAUUCUAGAGAGAUUAAUUCUACAAGAACAAUACAUGUUUCGCCAUUACAUAAAAAUGUUUAUAACUAUAAUACCACGUCAUCAGACAUACAAGAGCGAGCAAAAAUUAAUGAUAAACAAGAAAGACUGCAAAACGUUAACAAGAAUGAUAGAAUGUAUGAGAAAAGUGUGAAAUUUAAAUAUUCUAAUACAGGGGAUAAUUUUUAUCAUCCUGGAAGUCAGACUGAUUUAUUACCUUCAGAUAAGAGAUCCUCGUCUUCUGAUUCUCCACAAAGAAUUUUUAUUGUUGAUCGUAGGGGAAUGUCUAGCAAUACUACUUCGGACAUUGUCAGGGAAACACCUCAACAAUUUCAUGUACCCAACUACUCAAAUUACAAUAUAGACAAUAAUGAAACAGUGAAAACCUUAGUGCAGCUUGUAAAUAGUCAAAAUGAACAGAUAAAACAUUUACAACUCCAGGUAGAUCGACUGAUAAGAGAGAGAGAGGAGAGAAUGCAGGAAGAAAAUUUUAGAAGCAAAUCGACAUGCUUGUAUUCGCAGCCCCUUGCAAAUCCGGUAUUCAGAUAUCCGAUAAAUUGUUACGAUUCUGCUCUUGCAUCUUCUCUCGCGCAGUCCCAAAGUCAAGGUAUAAAAAAAAACGUAUCCCCGCAGAGUACAUGUGUUAUGGAGAAACAAGGUUUAGAAAACUUUGGUGAAGGUAAUAAAUUGGAGACAGCGUUGUUGGAACAGCAAUCAAAGAAAGCUUUUAUGGAGCAAAAAGUUUCGAUCGGCGUUAUGACAAGUCUCGAGUUUACCGUGCAAAAUAGCCCGUUCCUAAUAGACUCCGAAAUAUGUGAGAAGAGGGAAGCUCACAGAGAGAAUAGCAAUAACAGUAGGAAUGCUGUAAACGCCGUAAAUAUACAACACGAUACAACAGACACUAUUAAUAGAUAUAAGAAUACAUUUGCGCGCAAACCUGGAGCAGCGCAAUUGGAAAACAUCGUUGAGGAUUCGGAAAGUUACUUAUCCUCUAGCCAACAGCAAAGUAGUAAUUUCAACACGAGUUCUUCCGCGAAGGAAUCUUCGAAAAUGUAUCAACAUCCUUCUACAGGUUUAAAUCAGGGGGGAGCGCGCGUGGAACUAUAUAUAGGGAAAGAUGGUAAGAUGGUAGACGAACGAAUGCCGAGUGCCAAGGAAACGUCUGUGAACACAUCGAUGAACGUAGAUUACAAUCCCACUGAAAGUGCGAAUUGCAGUAAAGCGCUCGGUGAGCGAACGAACGAUUACGUUACGGUGGACGAGAGAAAGAAUAUCUAUAAGACAAACGUUAAUGAACGUGCUUUGCGUGAUGCACAUUUACCAGCGACAGAUUACUAUCAUAAUUAUAGGAAUAAAGAGUACGGUGCUAAUACCAGGCAAGUUAAAGACGUAGGUGAUAGCAUGAUUCUGAGUGGAGGUGAUCUGAGGAUAAACGAGAGACCUCCACCAACUCCAGAACCAAGUAUUCACGUUGAGAUGCAAGAGUAUACGAGUGACGAGGAAAGUGAAGGCAAGUUAAGGCAUACUCCCAAAAUCCACGUUGAGAUGCAAGAGUAUACGAGUGACGAGGAAAGUGAAGGCAAGUUAAGGCAUACUCCCAAAAUCGGCUGGACUUUCUACAAAAAUGUUCUAGGGCAGAUUAAUGAAAUUUUACAAAAUUCUGAUGUUACAAGCGACGAAGAUCAAAAUCAUGCUAAAGCAGUAUGCAAUACUGAACAAGAGAAUGAUACGGAAACGACAUCGAACCCAGUUAAAGAGGCGACUUUCGAACAAAUUCGGAAACUUGGAAUUAGUCUAGAAAACAAUGAGCAUGGGGAGUUCAAUGGUAACAAGACGCUAAACUUUGAUUCAUCUUUUUAUCCUCGUUUGGAUCGUCAAGCAAAUAUGACAUAUGCCAGUAGUGUUGUAAACGAAACAAACGAAAGUAUACACAUGAAGGCGUUGGCAUUAAAAUAUUUAAGUGACGAGCAACUGGCCAACAUAGCAUGCCACAAACAAGAAUCUUCGAAACAUUUUAUGCUCAGCAAUAUGCAAAGGACCAUGGAUCGGAAUGUAUCGUUAGCUACAAUGCGUUAUUUAGAAAGAUACCAACUUCUCCCAGGAAAGAAUAACGAAGCAGAGAAUGCUGAUAAAACAUGCGACAAAGUCUUAUCUGAACACGAGUUUAGAUCGGCGGCUGCAAACAAUAAUUUUGCGCAACGUCGAUUCCCUUUUGUACAAACAUCUGGAACCACUUGUCCUAGUAGAAUACUAAAUAUUUCAGCUUUAAGGCAACAAGGAAACUUAAUAUACCAUAACUAUUGACUUACAAAAUCUAAAUUAAGUUACAUAUGACAAAGAAAUCAAUAUAAAUACUCUUUAUUAUAUACAUGACAUAUUUUCAUAAAAAAUCGUAUUAAUAAAAACUUGAAUGACUUAUAAUUAGUAGAAAUUGAAA